UUAAAAUCAGAAUUAUGGAGUCAAGAUACCUGAAGUAUUUGGUCAUCUUUACGAUGACUUUUAUGAGCGGUUCACUAGUCAGAGGAGAAUCUCUAAUGGGUGGUCAUUUGGACAAUCAAAGAGCACAUCCGGAUGCAAGUAAUUCUUCGAUGCGUUAUAAAGUCGUAAACGUGGUUCCCUUUGCCUUCAACGGCGGGCAACCGUUCUCUUUGGAAAAAGAUCCCGUUACCGGGCAAAUUGACUUUGAUAAGGCUCCACCACUCUCGGUACUCAAUUAUACCGGUUCAUAUGAUGAGGAAGACGACAGGCAGAUGGAAAAUGAAGAGGAGAAUAGUGCUGAUGAAGAUGAUAAUAUCUCAAAGCCCCAAGGAUCAAUAUCACUAGAAGACGAGGAUCAACAACCUAAUGAAAUUAAUCCUUAUUCUCCAAGCUUUCACGACUUCCUCAAUUUACCUGUGCGUUAUUCUAAUCAUGAAAAAUAUACGAGUGAUAAAUACCCGCUUAUUUCGAGCUCUUACGCCAAUACAAAGGUUCAAGGAGGAUCAGGACACAAAGGAUAUAUUAUAAAUUACAACAACUUUCAUUACUCUGGAGGAAAAGCAUCUACUUCACAAUCUUAUUCGAUGACACGAAAACCUUUUAUUCCCAGAAGUACGACUAUGAGGACAACUACUACACCAACCACUACUACAACUAUGAGAACUACAACAACUACUGUAGCUCCAACAACAACUACCACAAUGCGUACGACGAAAAACACGCCUCCAAGCACGAAACCUUCAACGAUUGAGACUACUACAGUAAAAGUAACAACCUGGAAACCGAAGAUUGAUCGGUAUGAUGUUGAUUAUGAAGAAGAAGCGAUACUUCCGAUAGAAAAGAUACAAAUUCCAGACCGCAGGACAGAUCUAGUACAUCAUGAAUCAUCAAAUCCUCUUAUUACUGAGUAUGAUGAUAGUUAUGAUGAAUUUAUAGUUGUAGAACCAGCUUCCGGCACUUCUACAAUUCCAAGCACAAUUAUGACUUCUACAACUACUACACAAACUCCAAGAACUACUACUUCUACUACAACAACUACUACUACUACUCCAGCUCCUAAAACAACAUCCACUCCUUCAUCAAAAAUCUCAGUGAGUUUAAAUACAGAUGUUAUACGAAAUUCAGAUAAUAUCAUAGAAAAAAAUCCUGUAAAUCAACAAGAAGAAAUUAAUGGUCACAGUAAUGGUCAUCUGAAUCUUAAUCCUCAUAUUAAAAAUGAUAAUUACCUCAUUGUGCCAAGCAAUUCAUUUUCUUUACCAAAUUAUUCAAACAUGCCUGUUGAAAGUUCGAGCAAUGUCAUUGUGCCUCCCGAUCAAGAUACAAUAUCGUUUGUCUUAGGCAACAGACAAAAUGUUCAAGGUUCUUAUUACGCUCACGGAAGUGCUAUUCCGGAAUCACCUUACCCAGAUGUCGGAGUUAUGAGACCGAUGGGUCCUCCAGAAUCAAUACAACCUGAAAAUUUACCAUUCGGACAUCAACCACAUAUUGAUUCAAUGCAUUCUCAUUCAAAUAUUCCUCCUGAACCAUUUAGCCUUCCUGAAGAGCAUGGAAUAAAUUGGUGGUUUAACCCUGACACUCAAGAGAAACCACAAAAUAUUCCAGAAAUAGUGAAAGAUGAGAAGAUUAAUGUGGUCAGUGGUAAUAGAAUAGUAUUUCCCACUGAACCGUCUACAUCUGAGUAUGUCCAAACUUUAUUACCUCCAUCGUCUACAGUCUCUCCUGCAAUAGACACUUCUAUGACGUUAUCUGAAGUUUUGACGCCUCCAGCAAAAGAUGGACCUAGACCAUUAAAGCCUGGUCAGCGUCCUCCCCUUAAUUACUAUUCACCACAUCAUCAUUAUCAUCCAGGAAGACCUUCGGAAGUGCCAUCAAGGAUUCAACGUCUACCAAUGCCGCCAAGUGGUAACGGAUAUAAAAUUCGUCCACCUCCAAUAGAUGUAAAUCUUCCUAAUAUUUUACCUCAGUUCAGACCCAACGUUCAAACUUCUCAACGUCGAGGAAGUGAAGUGAUUGGAACGAAGAUUGUUCCUAGUCCUCCAAGAUAUCCACCUAGAGGACCAGCAAGACCACCCAGUGGUCCUUUACCUCCUGCUCAUCACCGAGGACCUUUGAAACUUCCUCCGCCAAUAGAUCAUCUCAUGAGAUUGAAUCCACCACCUUUUUCACCAACGUCAACUCAUUCUCUGAGAUUACCUACUCCUGCCGCACUUGUUGCUUCGGAACCUCACGUUCAAGCUACCGAUAAUGCUCCAGUUCAUAAAGAAAUUAUUCCAUAUCGGAGAAAUGGUGUGAAUCCAGACGGAAAACUUCAGUAUGACAUUGAUGAACGUAAUCGAUUAGGUACGGUCAAUAAUCAAUUAAUAAAGUCAAGGUUAAAUGAUGAAGACUUGGAGAAGUUGUCAGCAGAGACUCCAGCUAUGCCACCAAAAACUCCUUUAUUUCCUAAACGAAAAAAUGGAAAUUCAAGCGUAGCAACUCUUCAAAUGAUUCAGCAACAUGGUGUGCAUCGAGAAGGUGAAAUCGAAAAUAAGAAUGACUCGAAUGAAAAUGAAAAUAAAGGAGAUGUUAAUCGAAGAGUUGAUGAGCCACCAGUUUAUGUAGUAUAUCCUGUAAAAGGAUCAUUAGAUAUUCAUCCAGAUACGACUAACAAUGAUAAAGAAAGGCCUCUUGAUGAAAGUGUAGUAGUAGGAAUACACGGACCACAGAGACCAUUACCUCCGGAUACUUUAUCACAACAAGAAACUGCAGAAAACGAAGAAAUGUCAACGCCUCCGCCAGUUCGGUUGGCUUCAGACUUUCCCUAUCCCUUAGAAAAACCGGACGCUUCCUUAUUUAUCAAUCAAGGCCAGGAAACUCCACUGUUAGUUCCAGAUGAAAGUGAUCAACAGAUGGAAGAAGGAUCGUUUCACGAGAAAUUAUAUUUGAAUCAUCAACAAAACCAUCAAGAAAAAGAUGCAAGUGUUAAUAUUAUUCCAUAUAUUCAGGAUCAUUUGCCUUAUGCCAUGAAACCUAACAUUAUUUCUGCAACUCUUCAACUUUUCCCUGAUUCAUCAUCUUCUUCUGGAUCGGCUUCAUCACCUUCAUCAUCAGUAUCAGCAGUAACUCCGAUUGCUUAUGUUUACACUCCAACAAUGCGAGCUCCUCUACAUCGGCCAAAUGAACAAUACGAAAGAAAUCCAGUUUUACUUCCUUCACAGCAGCCUUCAAGUUCUUCAAGUUCUGCACCGUCACCGCAAAGUUUUAUGGCUCCUUUUAUAGCCAGUAUGAGUGCUGAGAUGCCCUCAAAAAAUGGCUGGAGUGUAGUAACAGGAGGUCCGUAUAUAUCGAAACCAAAUGCAGAUGAUAGAAUCGACAAAAUCGAUGAACAAAACGAUUCAGAUGAUAAAAAAACUGUUAAUGAAAGCAACAUAAAUCCAGUAAGCACAGAAAAAAACGAAGAACAUGAUGAUGUGGAAUCAAGCCCAAGUGCAUUUGAUUCAGAGAACUUCAAACCUCAAUUAUUCGGAGGAUUUAAACCUAUUUUUGAAUUUCCAUCAGAUUCUGAAGAAAUGCCAAGUGAUAAAGAGGUAGAUGCUACAAUGAUUGAAAAACCGCGAGUUGGAAGACAACUAUAACACUUUAGUUGACAACAGUUAUCAACAUAAAAAUAAUUAGAAAAAUUAUUUAAACUGUUCACAAAAAAAAUUUAUUUGUUUAUAAAAUAUUUGUUCACUUUUUGACUGAUAAACAUCUACAUGAAACUUAAUUUGAAACAAAAAUACUGUUAAGAAAUAAGUGAAUAUAUGAUCUCUCCACUUUGGUUGAUUUUAAAUGAAAAAUAUUCGAUAAUUAAAGAAAAAAUUUUAAAUCGUUGAAAAUAGUCAUAACAAUAUUUUUUUUAUUUAAACCGUUAAC